UCACACUGGACAGUCUUGCAGAAAGUCUCAGUAUCAUCCAACUUUGCCAUCCUAAAACAUUCUUACUUCCUUCAAGUGCAUAUAUAUAUAUAAUCAUGUUUUUAGUAUGAUAAAAGUGUGGUGAUCAAACUGAUAGUUUAGUGCUUCGAAUAGAAGAUAAUAACACACACCCCAACAUACAUUUUAGUUAUGAAAGAUACUGGAAAGUGAAGGAAGAGGAAGAUCAGUGCAAUAACGAUGGCAUACUAGGGAUUUAGAACUAGUUGGAUUUAACAGGAUGAAGAAACUUGAAUGGGAAUGGUGCUUUUUCCUUGCACUCACAUCUUUAUGGCUUCAAAUAGAUGCUGAAAAGGAAAAGCGUCAGAUUUUUAGAGAACAGGUACUUCCGGCAUUGGGAGGAAAGAUACCGGAAGAAGCUUUCAGAACCGAUCGGUUAGCACUGAAUCGUUUAAACAAAGAGGGCAUUGCUGUACCAGAUGGUGUUUUAUUAGAAUCUCGACAUCCACAUGUGAAACAUCCUCAUCAAAAACAUUCAUCGACGAAUGAAGUUCUUAAGGUUUACUCAACACGCGAUGGACGGUACGUGUCGCCUGAGGGACAUUAUCACUAUAAUAAUCCCAAGACCAUAGACACGACCUACAUCAUUAGAAGACCAGUUGGACAUGAAAACAGGCAGAAGACCACAGAUAAUUACGUCGAUUUUAAAUCAUAUAAUUUCAACAAGCUCCAGACUGAUACUUUUAAAAGUUACCCUGACAAUGUUCCACUUCCACCUACGAGUAAUAAUUAUAAGCCUAUCAUUACACCUUUGGUCUUCCCGUCGACAAAUGAAUUUUUGAAGCAAUCGUAUUAUCCAUCUUGGACUGUUGUCUACGACUGGAACACCUAUUAUGACCGUUUAAACGAAUACUACAACAAAAUCGCCUUGAUUAAUUCGCAGCAGAUUGUCACAGAUUACAACAAAUUUUGGACCGACUAUCAUAAACGAAUGCAAAGAGACAGCAGCGGAAAAUCCAUAAAACAGGCUAAUACAAAGCGCCAAUCAAUAUACGACUACCAGGAUUAUCAAGAUUUCCAACCAGUAGUGCCAAUUGAUCGACCAAUUUUGGUGAAAAAGAAGCCAAAGAAGGAUGAGCAAGACUUUAGUAAAAUUCCCGGAAUCCCGGGAGUGGAUUAUCCAAUUUAUCACACUGUACCUAGAACAAGUUUCUCGUGUGCUCACGUGCCUGCUUUGCCAGGGAUGUACGCGAAUGUUGAGACCGGUUGUCAGGCCUACCAUGUGUGUCACGACGGUCGAGAAGGAGAACAAGGAGCAACUUUCCUCUGCACAAAUGGUACUUUAUUUAAUCAAAAGGAAUUUAAUUGCGAUUGGUGGUACAAUGUGAAUUGUGCAGAUGCUCCAACAUUUUACAGGUAUAAUCUGAACCCGGAGAAAAAUCCAUAUGUACCACAAGCUCACAAGGAUGCAAUUCGUCAAGAACGACUCAAGAUUAUCGUAGUAUAGAUACUUACAUCGAAUAUUUAUGAAAACAUUUGUAUUCGAUUGACCUACUUUGUUAUAAAAUAUUGUAUUUGCUUUUAUUUAAUUGCGUAUAUUGUAAAAAAAUGUUUUCAUGUGAUGAAUUGUUGAUAAUAAUUUAUGUCAACGUGCUCUGCACAAACCUUGAAACUUGUGUUAAGAACGAAACAAUUUAGUGAUUAACUUACUCUAUAGAGUGAAAUAAUAUUCAUUAUAAAUAUUUAAUCAUCAUUUUUAUUUUAGUAUUUGUAAAAUUUUGUACGAAUAAAAGAA